UUUCAGAAAAGCUUACUCUAACAAAGGGUAAGAUGUCUCUAUUCUUCCCUUCCCUGUGAUAUAAACGGCUGUGAUCUUAUUAAAUGCAGGCUGAAAGUCGCUAAGCGUGAACAUCUGACUUGAAAACCCAGGCAGAUACAGUUCAUGCAGUUCAAACAUUUCAAGCAGUUACGCAAUCUAACUCUUCAAAUAACAAAUAGAAAAGUUGAUAAACUUUAAUUAUCCAGAACCUGCUGUUUAAAAAAGAUGAAUUCGAAAUGAUGUGACCAGUGAUGGUGAAAAGUACAGAGAUACAAAAUGUUAGAAAACAAGAUCUCAUAAAUAAGAAAAAAAUCCAAAAAUGCAACCUGUAACUCCGGAUUCCGAGUUUACAAAAAGAGAAAGAAAAUGGCGUUGUGAUUACUGUACAUACGACAAUUGGCCGACGACGACAAAAUGCGUGAUGUGCCGAGGACAGAAGCCUGGCGGAUUCAGUCAGGGCCAGGAUAUCUACAGCUUGGAUCGGAUGGAGCGACCUCCCUCACCCCCCGGACAGAAUAUAUUUAAUCUUGAGGGAGGAGGGGGAGGAGGUGGUGGUGGGGCUCAGGUUUAUGAAUGCGAACCCAUGAAGUGGGCUUGUGUCAACUGUACAUACUUCAACUACUCAAGGUAGGUCAUCUUAUGUUAAAUUCAAGAGGAAGACAGACAG